AUGGCGGUAGGAUACGAGUCAAGGAAAAUACAGUUGCUAGUGGGGGAGCCAUGUAGCGGGGGCGAGGAGCGUGUUUCAACGGUGACAAGUGGGGAAGAUUGGCGCAUGGAAAUAAGGGCGUGUCUGCAAGGAAAGGUCCUAGCGAGUGGCCGCGCGCAGAGGGUCCUGGAACAGCGAGCAAGCAAUUUCUGCCUGAUCGGGGAUAUACUUCACAAAAGAGGAUACACUAGGCCGCACCUAAGAUGUCUAUCUCUGGAGGAGGGCCGUUACGUGCUGCGCGAGGUUCACCAAGGAUGCUGCGGGGACCAUGCAGGGGGUAGAACAUUGAUCUCCCGCGUGCUAAGGGCCGGAUAUUUUUGGCCCACCUUGAGAAAGGAUGCGGGAUAA